CCUACUUCCCCCAUCCAUCUCUCUUCUCUGUUCUUCCUUCUUGGAUCGAUCUCUCUGCCACAGCUUUCCUCUUUGAUCUGCAAUGGAGACUCCAUCAUCGACAAGAAGAAUCACAAGAUCGCAAGCGGUUGCCGCAGUCGCCUCCGCCAACUCCCAGAUCAAGAGCAAGCAAGAUGAUUCUUCGCAGCGUGCGAGAUCCAAAAAUGGCGGUGAGCGUCAUGCGCUCCUGGACGUCACCAACGAAUCCCCCAUCGUCGGACUUGCCUCCGGAAGCUUCCUCCCGGCGGAGAAGACGCCAUUGGCGGCGGCGGGGGCGGCUAAGUCCCGCGUCCUAGCCGGAAGGGGGACUCCUGGAUCGGGCGAGGAGGUGCUCCGUGGCCAGGUGCGGACGCUGCUGCAGAAGGUGGAGGAAGAAACCGAGCACCCCUCCUUCGCACACGGGCAACCCCAUCAUCUGCCGCCGUCUUUGUUCCCUACUCUCUUGGGCAUCGAUAAAUCUCCGCUCCAGUUGCUUGCUCCGACGCCGGCCAACACGCCGCAGAUUCCCGGGGAAGGAGAUUUCGUGCCGAUGGAGAUAAUAAUCGCUUCACCUUUCGUUCCUUCACAAAACGACCACCAAAAGGCAGAGGAGAUUCUCGUUCCUCAGGAAUGCCAGCUCAACCGUGCGUUGACAUUUGACUCGCCGGAAAAGUCCGACGCGUCAGACGACCCGUCGACGAUCUCGUCGUGCGACAGCAUCAGCCCCGAGAAGUCCCAAGAUGAUGACAGCUCCUCCGUCUGGUCCAAUCAGGUCAACGUCUGCACCAACUCGGUCAGGGACGAAGAUGUCGAGGAGGAAGGAGAAGAAGAAAACGAUGAGCUGGAUGACCUGUGUGAAGGCCUGAAAAAGAUGUGGAUGGAGGAGGAAAAACCAAGACUGCCGGAGUUCACCGGAAAGCAUACGAGAUUCGUGUACAACAGCGACGACGAGAUCGAAGCAGAAGAGGCAGUCGGUGAAUCGAAGGCUGUUUCGCCUAGCGUGCUGGUGUUGAAGGGGUUGCCUGUGCCGGAAGGGAAGCAUCUCCGCUUCCAGGAGGAAGACGAAACAGAGGAAUAAAUGCAAUCGGCAUCCAUUACUGCCGCUGUCUUUUUGUGCACCGUUUUCCAGUUUCUGCUCUUCUUCAGGUUAUUUCAGUUUUCGUUCUUGUGUUUGGUCAAUGGAUUGACAAGAGAUUUUAUAAAAAACUAUGUUACUUUGUGUUCUUAAAUUUGACUCCCUGGGAUGUAUUCUUUGUCAAUGAAUUGACAUAAUUUCGCUCA